AUGGAGAAAUUACUGGCAUGGGGAGUUACGCACUCCGACCCUUCUAAUAAAAAGGACCCCACGCAAAAUGAAGGACAGGAACGAAAGCUUGACACUGACAUUAUCGAUGCAAUCCUUGGCAAAGGCGAAGCUACCGAAAUUAGAAAUGCAGUCGAUUGUAUUUCGGACCCAAAUGAAUCAUUAGCUAAUAAAGAGAUUGCUUUUGAUAAUUUAGAGAUGCUAGUCGAACAAAUAGAUAAUGCAAUUGAUAUUGGUAACAUGAAUCUAUGGCCCAAAAUUCUAUCAUUCUUUGACUUUAAGGAGAAAUCCCUGCGAUUAUAUACCGCCUGGGUGUGUGGUACAGCCGUGCAGAAUAACCCGCGAGCUCAGAAGGCUUUUGUAGACAAUGGUGGGCUCAAGCGAUUACUUGAUACACUGAAAAAUCCCGAGGAAGAGGUUGAGGUUAGAAGCAAAGCAUUAUAUGCUGUAUCAGGGGCUAUAAAAAAUUAUCCACCAGGCCUAGCCCAAUUCGAGGAGGAAGGCGGAUACGAAAUAUUAUUAAACUUGCUGAAUACAUCUAAUGAUUUGUCGAUUCUCAGAAAGGUGGCUUUCCUCUUCAACACUUUACUGGGCCAAGAUCCCAAGAUGGUGGCUACUAGGAUUGAGGAGAAAGGGCUUGCAAGACAGCUGAUUCACUUACUCAAAGUUUAUGGUCCUCAAGAUGAAGAUCUUGCUGAUAAAAUACUCCAAACAGUAAUUGGCAUAUUUAGACACUCUAACAAGUCACUCAGUCCGGAUGAAAUAAACGAAUUACGAGCCGUACUUCCGCAGUUAAGAAAUCAUUAUGGAACAGUGGCUUUGAACAAAGAUGAAUGGGAUGAGCUGGAAAAAUAUGUGAACGGAUAG